CAUUUCUAUGAGUUUCUGUGGAAAAACAUGAGAAAGACAGACGAGAAGGAGCUGAAGUCUGUUGUGUGACUCCCGCAGGAACAGAAAGAGGAGGGACUCUGCUGGGAAGAGGGCAGUCUUUCUGAGGGAGGUGGGAACUGCUCUCUCAGACUGAGGGGAAUGCAGCAGCUCUGCCUCACAUGGGACGAUCCAUGGAAACUGUCCGAUAACAUGGAGACAGAGGAACGGAACAAAAACCGGGCUGCUGGAAGUGCUGUAAAAGCUCUAAUAACUGUUUUAGGGGUCAUCAACCGGUUGGAGGACGGAUCACAGUAAAGUUUGGAAGCCGGGACAGCAAGUUGUAUUUAUUUCAUCUGUGAAUCCGACAGGAACGACUUCUCUCUGACCAGCUGGAUGACUUUGAUGCUAAGGAUCCUCUUUGACAUCUGAUCAGAAGAGUUUUAAAGGAUGAGCGGGGCAGGAGAUGUGGUGUGUGAAGGGUGGCUGCGAAAAUCUCCGCCAGAGAAAAAGCUGCGGCGUUACGCGUGGAAAAGACGCUGGUUUGUGCUUCGAAGUGGUCGACUGACUGGAGAGCCGGAUGUCCUGCAGUACUACAAGAACCAACAGUCCCGCCAGCCUAUCAAGACCAUCAACCUCAAUCUGUGCGAACAGGUGGACGCUGGUCUGUCAUUCACGAAGAAGGAGCUGGAGAGCAGCUUCGUCUUUGACCUGAGAACAGAGAAGAGGGUCUGGUACCUGGUGGCUGAGUCUGAGGAGGACAUGAACCGCUGGGUGACGUCCAUCUGCCUGCUCUGUGGCUUCAACCCCACAGAUGAUGCAGUUCUAGAAAGAUCGUCAAACUCCACCACCUCCAUGACCUCCAUGGCCACCGCCAGCUCCACCCCCUCUGUCUUCAUGAUGGCAGGGUCUGUCCCGACCCCCUAUGACCCCGUCAGGGUGCAACACCCAGAGCCCUACAGCAGUGCAGAAGAAGGUUACCUGUGGCUGUCCAACUGUCAGAGUCACAUCAGGCCUCCUCUGGGUUCUUCUGUGUCUCUCGAAACGGAGUACAACGACACCCUCAACCCCCCUCCCUCCGCAGCUUCUUCCUCUUCAUCCUCCUCUCCUUCCCUCCCUCCCAGCGGCCUCACACCCUCCUCCCACUCCUACAAGACGGCUGCUUGGACGGUGGCUGCCAUGACGACUCCUCUCAGCCAGUCUCUAGACGCCACCUCGGACUUCCAGAAACAAGCCGGCAAAUCUCGAUGCCACCCUUCCCCCCACCCCAGAAAGCACUCUUUAGACAUCCACAUGCGCCCUCUCAGGGAAGACUUCGCCGUGCACCAAGUUACCUCCAGCAGCUACCAGAUUCCCCGUCCGGCAUCCACACCGCAACCUCCACCCUUGUAUCGUCCAUCUUCUACGCCCAGCGUCGACUCCUUAACCCAGGGGGAGCUCCUCGCUUCCAUCCCGGCUCCGCCUCCUCGCCCCCCUAAGCCCCCCACCUCCACCACAGAAACCAGCUCGGUGUGCACUGGGCCAGCAACGCUUCCCAGAACAAGUUCUGAGUCAGAGCGGAGGAACGAGAGUGUGGAUGGAGGACGCACAACCAGGAGCAGCACUGUUGCCAUCCCAGGACGUACCCAGACAAGCUGCGAGUCUUUUCCUCGCUCCAUGCCCGACGGAGCCACCAUGUUUGAGUUCAGCGAGAGCUUCAACAGUUACUUUUUUAACAAAGGCAUGGUUCCCCUCAGCAGCCUCGGCCAUGAGGAGGAAGACGUGAAUGAAAACUAUGUUUUUAUGAGCACCGCCCCCUCUGACCCUCCUGUGGCACCGAGGGCGCCCCCCAGUGCUCCUUCAUGCCCCUCCUCUCACCCUCCCGAGUGCAACUAUGUCCCCAUGACCCCCCACACGGCCCCUGUCCCCUCUCACGCCCUCCCGCCGUCGGCCGACCUGGCGUUCCUGGGCAGGCAGGUGCCUCCGCCUGCUCACAUGGGGUUCCGCAAUUCCCCGUUGAUCCCAGUGGUUCCCGUCACGCCGCCCCUCCACAGAAGCACCCCCAGCACCGCCAGCAGGGGCGAACCCGAAGUCGUGCCCCCUCCCAUCCACCGCAACCUGAAGCCUCAGAGGAAAGUGAAACCAGCUCCCCUGGAAAUCACUCCACUACCACAAGACUGGCAGGAAGUCCCGCCUCCUGUGCGCUCACCUGUCACUCAAAUCUUCAGAAGAGGUCCUUCUAGUGGGGGCUGCAUCAGACCACACUCUGCUCAAAGCUCCUCCCCCUCCUCUGACUCGGAUGAUCUGGAGGACAGCUAUGUGGCUAUGGUCCCCUCGAACCUCAGCCUCAGUGCUGGAGAGCAGUCUCUCAGGCUAAUGCUGCACAGAGCAUCAGAAGGCGGAGCCAGUAGUCCGUUGCUACAGCGACCUAAAAGAGAAAAGCAGGUGGAGUAUCUGGACUUGGACCUUCAUACUGGACGAUCGACACCAACGAGACAGAAGCGAUGCACGACGAAAGGCAGAACCAGCAGCUCGGAGCAGGGAGGAGGAGAUGAAGAGCGAGCACGAGGCGAGCGUACGCGUGUUGACUAUGUGGUGGUGGACCCCAAAAGGACCAAAGCCCUCAAGAACACCCGGGAAGCAUGGCAUGAUGGGAGAAUGUCAACUGAAAAGGAGAAAACCUAAGAGACAAAAACCACACAGAUGAAUGGACUUUAUUUAACUCCAGUAAAGAAACAUCACACUUUUGGAAUUGUGCGAAAUAACCACGGCGUGUUUUCCCCACAAACACCUAACUUUGGUCUACUGGUACAUUUGACUCAAUGUUUUAGUGUCAAGAGGAUAGAACAGAAUCUAUUGGUUUACUUUCUCGAACAUGUCAUUGUAUUGAUCUACUUUAACUCUUAGACAGCACCAAAUAUUACAGCAUUUUUUGAUUUACUACUGUAUGGUGACAAACAAUGUUUGACUCUAACAUGAGUUUCUUUAUGAAAAAAAAAAAAAGAAAAAGAUGUUUUCCCUCUGUAUCCUGAUAUCAUGUGUGUUUAGGUCAAUUUCUUUAAAUAAAACAAAAUUUAACAUUAAGCUUUGUACAUACUGGACAUGUGAUUUGUAUUCGAGAGCGUCCUGAACCCUAGGACACUAGGACAUGGACUCUCAACUGGGACUGAGUGGUAAAAUCGAUUGGGCAGCAGGUACACUUUCUGGGAGAACCUGAACAUCCAGCUGCUGGUGUCGUUUUUAUUGUGGGCCUGAA